UGCGGAAUUUGACCAUUUGCCUUAAUCCCCAAGGAUGCAAGUUGACGGAAUGAUUACCCAAUUUCAAGCUCUUAGGUCGGUCCUUCAUAUUUGUUCAUACCACCGCCUCUUCUUCCGUUACCUUUUAAGCUUCUCUCGUGUCUCUGUUGCUUUUUCUUCCCCCCAAAGUUUUCUGUCUUUACAAAAAAACAUGAACACCUAUCAACUCUUUUAAUUCCCUUCAUUCUUUUCCUAACAAUCCUCUUUCCCUCCGCGCUAUGGAGCAAACCAUCAACAAUUUCUUGCUCCACGACCCUUUAAUUCCCUCCGACUCCGACUCCGACUCCGCUGAGGAACUGCUUUCCGACUGCGAGAGCGGCGUUUCCGGCCACGACUCUCCGUUCGGCCACGGAUUCGAACCGCCCAGGGAAGAAGGGGACCACAUCUGGACCAAAUUCGCUCGGCCCUUGGAACAGAAUGGGCUCAAGCCCGAACUGGUGGCUAUUGGCAAGAACGCGGCUUCCUCUGUCACGGCCCAAGCCCGUCUCAAGUCCUUUCGGCUUUUCGAGCAAGCCACGGCCGAAUCACGCCAAGGCAAUGCUAACGUUAAGUUCGCUUGGUACGGUGCGUUUUGCAAGGACGAGUUAACCGACAUCGUGAAGCACGGUUUCAUGGCCCAUGCUCCCGGUAGCGCCCUGCGCCUCUCCGCACUGGAUUAUCCACUCCCAAGUGUGCAGAAUGCUGCUGUUGACAUGGAGGGUUCGCGGCACUUGAUUUUGUGUCGCGUGAUAGUGGGGAAAACAGAGGUGGUGCCGCGUGGCUCCAAUCAACGCUGUUGGAGUUCCGAGGAGUUUGAUUCUGGGGUGGAUGAUCUCGCCAAUCCCAAGGAAUAUGUGAUUUGGUGGAAUCGUGUCAACACUCAUAUUUUCCCUGAAUAUGUCAUGAGUAUCAAGCUUACUAACUUGAGAGGGUUUGGGGUACCGCGGAGACCGACUUCGCCAUGGGUGCCAUUCCCAGCUCUGAUUGCAGUGCUUUCCAGGGUUUUGCCUCAGCAUCACGUUAACGUCAUUUCCAAGUUUCACAAAGGAUAUAGAGAAAACAAGAUUUCUCGACUUGAGCUGAUACAGAAAGUGAGACAAAUAGCGGGCGACGAAAGGCUAACUUCUAUCAUCAAAGCUUUCAAAAUGAAGAAAACAGCUGCAUUUUGUAAGGAGUGGAAGAACAAACGAGGAGAAAGAGUUGCAACCCCACCACCGCCAGCAGAGUCAUCAGAGGGAACAGAAUGAUUGUUCAAUGUUCAUAUGAGUUCUAUUAGCUAUUAAACAAAGUGAAUAGAAUAGUUUAAGAAACCAAACUGACAUUGAGGAUGCAAAUGCAACCACUGCGUGAGAUGUAGGGCGUCAUUUGAGACCUUUUAAAUUGUUUUAGGAUGAUAUACUUAUAAAGGUCAUUUGUUUAGUGUAGCAGAAUAAAAACUUCCUUGGAUGAUUACAUUAUUGGUUGAAAUAAAAUAAUACUCCGGCCCUUUAUCAUAGUGGCUCCUA